GCGCCGCCCUCGGCGAGGACGGCGGGCGCCCCCCGGGGAAGAUGAUGAAGGCCGAGGGGGGCGACCACUCCAUGAUCAACCUGUCGGUGCAGCAGGUUCUCAGCCUUUGGGCCCAUGGGACGGUGCUGAGGAGCCUGACGGAGAUGUGGUACUGGAUAUUUCUCUGGGCUCUCUUCUCCUCUUUGUUUGUCCAUGGUGCUGCAGGAGUUUUGAUGUUUGUAAUGCUACAGAGGCAUAGACAAGGGAGAGUAAUCUCUGUCAUUGCAGUCAGCAUCGGAUUUCUGGCUUCUGUAACUGGAGCAAUGAUUACUAGCGCUGCAGUAGCAGGCAUUUACAGAGUAGCAGGAAAGAACAUGGCCCCUUUAGAAGCUCUGGUGUGGGGAGUUGGACAGACUGUACUGACAUUAAUCAUCUCCUUUUCGAGGAUCCUUGCUACACUUUGAGGUUUCUGUGGAAAUGUCAUACUUCACACAAGGAAACAUGUACAGAUUCUCAGAACGCAUUGUUAACUUGUGGGAGUGAAAUUAUACAAGAAUGUGGAAGCUGCAAAAUGCGCUUUGAAGAUAUGAGGCAAGAUUGCCCUCUGGUGUUCAAGUGAUUGCACUACCGCACUGCACCUUACGUGCCUCCAUCCCAGGCAAGGCGCAUUACGCUCUGUGAAGCUACUAGAAAAAGAGCACCUUGUUUAGCUGUCAAUCAGAUCAACAUUGGUGUUGAAUGAUCGUUUUUAACAGUGUUGUGUUAAAGUUAGAGGGACGUUUUGAGGAAUUAAUCUAUGUGCCAAACAUUUGUUGUUUUUUUAAAAAACAUUUAUCCUGUGACAAUUUGCAAGUGUAGAUGCUAGAUGAGUGCUGUGAACAUAUUUGAUACAAAUUCAGGUAAUGUACUAAGAAUUUUGUUUUGUAAUGCUAAAUUCCAUAUGAGUGCUGAAUGCUGAAUCAUUUAAUGUGAGAUAAAUUAUUUGAGUUUAUUGUGAGCAUUUAUGGGAUUUAGGGCUUUAGGCAUUGUUUAAUUUAUGCUAAAAAUAAUGAAAAAACGUAAUGAAAAACUAGCUGAACUCUUUUUAAAGACCCAAAGUAGAUCUGUAGGGUGCAUCCUUUUCACUCAUUUAAAUAAUAUGCUUUUGAUAGCUUCCCUCCUACAUAUUCUAUUGAUAAGAAUUCAAACAUUUUAUGAGUCACACUCAUUGACGAUAGUUUGUGUGUCAUAAAAAUAAUUUGAAAGUUUCUUAUGUAUUUUGUAAGAAAAGAAGUCUGAAAUGCAUGUUGCAUUCUUUGGCCCUCCUAAAGAAGGUUUUUGCCAUGUGUUUCAUGGAGAAGACGUCUUUUUAAAUAGUAUCUCAGUGGGAUUAUACUACUUGUUGCAUAAAGCUUGAUUUUUGACAAAAUGUAAACAUUCUUUUAUUUCUGGAGUAUUAACUACUUAAAGAGUGGCCUAAAUUAGGCUGUAAAAAUAAAAAGCCUCAUUUCUAGAUAAGUAACAAGUUAUAUAGUAAUAAACCCUCUUACUCUGGAUGUAUGGUAUUGUAAUUUUGCUAAGUAAAAAUUGGGAGAAAUUGUAAAUGAUAAACUUUAAAAUUUGGCAGUGAAUCUGAGCAGAUCAAUACAGUACUAAACAUUUGAAUGA